GUGGGUAAAAGCUGGCUGACAUUUUGACAUUUCUGCUUUUCACUUUCAUCAAUUUCAUAAUUUCGAUCGAAGAAUGAAGAACCCUUGUUGUAUAUAAAAUAUCAAAAAUAAUUCAGUUUUGUUGACUAUGCUAUGAACUAUUUUUAUUUCAUAUAUAAUAUUUUAUGGAUAGAUCAUUUCAGAAAUGGAGGAAGAACACUGUUUACACGAAUGUGAAAGUUACAUUCAAAGCCAUAAUAUUCAAUUGUUAUUAAAAGACUGUAUUGUACAACUUUGUGUUAAUAAGCCUGAAAAUCCUGUUACGUUUCUCAGACAAUAUUUUCAAAAAUUGGAACGGGAGCAAGUGAAAGCCGCUGCCGCAGCUGCGGCUGCAUCUGAAGGCGAAGCAGAUGGAGAACUGUCGCCGCUGCCCGUGCCUGGUGGGCAGCUGCCGCGGCGACGCGGCGGUAUCAGCGCGGAGCCCAUGACAGAGGAGGAUGUUACUAGUUAUGUUAAAAAGGUGGUGCCAAAAGACUACAAGACUAUGGGUGCCCUGUCCCGUGCCAUCGCUUCCAAUGUGUUGUUCACACACCUGGACGAGUCGGAGCGGGCGGACAUGUUCGACGCCAUGUUCCCGGUCCAGUUCCUCCCCGGCGAGACCGUCAUACGACAGGGGGACGAGGGGGACAACUUCUAUAUUAUACACUCAGGUGAAGUCGAGGUGCUGGUGAACGGCGAGCCGGUGACGAGCAUCGGCGAGGGCGGCAGCUUCGGCGAGCUGGCGCUCAUCUACGGCACGCCGCGCGCCGCCACCGUGCGCGCGCGCACCGCGCUCAAGCUGUGGGGGCUCGACCGCGACUCCUACCGCCGUAUCCUCAUGGGCUCCACCAUCCGCAAGCGCAAGAUGUACGACGAGUUCCUGUCGCGCGUCUCCAUACUAGAAAGCUUAGAGAAAUGGGAGCGGCUGACGGUCGCGGACGCGCUCGAGCCCGUGUCGUUCACCGACGGCGAGACCAUCGUGCGCCAGGGCGAGCCCGGCGACGACUUUUAUAUUAUUGUUGAAGGUACGGCGGUGGUGCUGCAGCAACGCAGCGGGCAGGCGGAAGGCGCGGCGGUGGAGGUGGGCCGCCUGGGCCCGUCCGACUACUUCGGCGAGAUCGCGCUGCUGCUGGACCGGCCGCGCGCCGCCACCGUGCGCGCCGCCGGCCCGCUCAAAUGCGUCAAGCUCGACCGCGCCAGGUUCGAGCGCGUGUUGGGGCUCUGUGCUGACAUCCUGAAGCGCAACAUUGCACAGUACAAUAGUUUUGUGUCUCUGUCCGUGUAAAAGUGUUCAAUGAACUCCAUUAUAGUCUAUAACUUAAUAUAGUAAUAUUAGACUAAAAACCUAUGUGGGUUUGAGUUAAACUUUUUAUACGAAAACAAAAAGAAGCCAGAAAACAUUACAGCUUAUAGAAAGUGUGGUAUGAUAAUAUUUAUAUAUAGUUAGUAUCUUUAUUUCCUUAAUAUUUAUCUUAUAGUGUUUAAAUGUAGCAAUUUAUUUUGUUUAACAAGUAUGUGUUCUUUCUUAUUUAUAAUUGAUGCCAAGUUUAUGGGUCUGUCUGCCAAAAGUUAUACCAUAACGUACAGAAAAGUGUCAUAAGAUUCAUAAUAGUACAUUAUGAUACAAGUGUGCUACGUUUGUAUAUUACACACGAGGCGAUUAUUAACUCGAUCGGAUUAUCAUACAUUAUACCGCACAAGUGCGAUUGUAUAAUAAAUACGGAAUCCUAAAAAGCACGCACGUGUAAUAUCUAGGGUUAUCAACCCAAAAGCGGUUCUAUAAGUUCCUCGUUACGAGUAAGCAUGUUGAAAAUAACUAUUACCAACCUUUGUGUUGUCCAGUUGUAAACUGUGUAAUAAUCAAGUUAAUAUAUUUUUGAAAGAAUUAACGUUAGGUACCUACACAUUCAUAUUUUAAUAUGUAUUCAUCGUAAGUCAAUUACAAUGAAUGAUAGUGUUGUUUUAUUCUGUAUUUUAAACCAAUAAAGACAGAAACAUU